AUGGUAUUUUCUAUAUUUGAUGAUUUAAGAAAAGAAACAGGACUUCCAGAUGCCGUUUUUUGUUUAAUAGCUAUAUUAUUAAUUUUAUUAACAAGUAUUGUUUGGGUGGCAUUUUGUGUUGUUCUUCAUAGAACAGUUUAUAAGAUGGCAGAAUUUAAAAGACAGCAAAGAAGACAGCAAAUUAUUUCAUCUGCAUUUGCUUUAACAGCUCAAGAAUUUCCUCAUUUACAAGGUAUCUCACCAAAUAGAAUGUUAUCAGAAUUGUCACAAUUAGAUCCAGCAAUUUUUGCACAUUCACAACAAUAUGACUAUAAUCCUACUGAGUUACCGUCAUAUCAAGAAGCAUUACAAUUACCAUCACCAAAUGGAGCAGAAAGAAUAAAUUCUAUUGGUAAUAUUAAUUUAAGUAGUGUUAAUGAAGCAUCUAAUACGGUUACAGAAACACUUCAUACAACAACGCAAAGAAUAGAUGUUGAGGAGAAAGAUAAUCAACAUACACAUAAUUAUCAUAUUGAAAAUAAUACAUCGCAAUCAACAACUAGACAACAUAAUAAUAAUUCAAGGAAUAGAACACACCAAUUAUUAUCAUCAUUACCACCUUCCUAUAAUAGUUUACGUAAUCAAGAUGAACUCUAA